AUGGCGGACACUACCUCCGCCACCGCCGCGCCCACGACCAACGGCACCGCGGCCCCGGCAGGCGGCACAAGCACAGGGGGCGCGAAUGCGCCAGCAGACCAGAACGGGACGAAUCGCGGGCUGCCAUACUAUGAAAAACUGCGGCGGGAACUGCGAGACUCAUUGCAGAAGAAGCGAUUGAUGGACAAGAGCAUGACGGCCAAUUCUGCAAAGCUCUCUCUUCGAUCGCAAGCAAAAACCGAAGAAAUAAUCCCUGCUAACAUACAUUCCCCUCUUCAGGCUCAACUCGAAGACCAAAUCUUCCGCUUCGAACAAUCCUACCUCGAAGAAACCACCGCCGGAAACAUCAUCAAAGGCUUCGACAAUUACAUCAAGGGUUCAUCUAGCGGAAGCAGUCUCGGCGCGUCGGGGCUGGGUCUCUCUUCGAGUGUGGGUGGUCGGCGGAAAGCCCAAGUCAACGAUUCAGAUCGGGUCUUCUCGCGCAGCUCCGCAAGUUACAUGGUCGACUCACCCGGUCCGUCGUCUGCACAAACCACUCCUUCCCACGCAGCCACGCCGACGUCCACACCCGGCGGAAAUAUGUCUUCAUCUAAGAAUAACGGCGACGCGUCUUCGACUGCCUCCGGUAUGAAAGCCGCGGCGGGGUCUAAGAAUAAGAAGAAGGGUGGCGGCGGUGGGUCUAAGAAUACGAAGGGGAAAGCUUUUGAUGAUUCGGAUGAUGCUGGGGAUAAGCCGCCUGUUAAGCGGUUGAAGAUCAGCUAUGGGAGAGAUUGA